GGCCGGGGUACGAUGCGUCAGCCAUGUUGGAAUGUCCAGCCCAUGAUGCAGUGCUGCAUCAAUUAAUGCAGGAGAGAGUCUGGACGUAGAAGCUGUAAAAGCGAACCUUAAACCAAAUUUGUAACUGCACAAUUAGUGGGAUUUAAACGCAGAGCCAAAGCACAGGAAAUUUAAACGGAAACGACAGGCGACAUCCCAGAAGCUCAUCAGACAGAAUAAACAUAUUUCCAGAAUUUCCUACUACACAGAAUAUGACAGUCACCUAGCACCAAGCAAAGGGAUGGCGGCUGCCUACCUGGACCCCGCCCUUAACCACACCCUGGGCCCGGGUGCGAAGUCACGCCUCAGCAUGGGGACGGACCGUCCCCCUGGGGGCCUAGACCGGGUGCUUAGGGUGUUCCACUACUUCGAGAGCAACAGCGAGCCCAGCACCUGGGCCAGUAACAUCCGCCACGGGGACGCCACCGAUGUCCGGGGCAUCAUCCAGAAGAUUUUGGACAUCCACAAGGUGAGGUAUGUGUCCUGCUUCGGGCUCCGCCUCAGCCACUUGCAGUCAGAGGAAGUCCAUUGGCUCCAUCCAGACCUAGGCGUGUCUCACGUGAGGGAGAAGUACGAGCUAAAGCGCCCUCAGGAGGAGUGGAGGUAUGAGCUGCGGAUUCGCUAUUUGCCAAAGGGAUUUCUGAGCCAGUUUGCUGAAGACAAACCAACACUGAACUACUUUUAUCAACAGGUCAGAAAUGACUUCAUGCUGGAAAUGGCGCAUCAGCUAGACCAAGACGCAGCACUUAAAGUGGGCUGCCUUGAGAUCAGGAGAUUUUUCAGAGAGAUGAGAGGGAAUGCACUGGAUAAGAAAUCAAACUAUGAAUUAUUAGAAAAAGAUGUGGGUUUGAGGCGGUUCUUUCCCAAGAGUCUGCUGGACUCGGUCAAGGCUAAGACACUACGGAAGUUGAUCCAGCAGACAUUCAAACAGUUUGCAAAUCUUGAUGAUGAGCAAAGCAUCCUCAAAUUCUUCGAAAUCCUGUCACCAAUCUACAGAUUUGGCAAGGAAUGUUUUAAAUGUGCUCUUGGGUCUAGUUGGGUUAUCUCAGUGGAGCUUGCCAUUGGUCCAGAGGAGGGGAUUAGCUACCUCACAGACAAAGGUUCAGCACCAACACACCUGGCUACCUUCAGCCAGGUACAGAGCAUCCAGUUCUCCUGCAGCGAGGACAAGGACAGGAAGGGCAUGCUGCAGCUGGAUGUGGCAGGUGCCCCAGAGCCCCUCAUGGUGACAACACCAUCACUGACCACAGCGGAAAACAUGGCUGAUUUGAUAGAUGGCUAUUGUCGCCUGGUGAACGGUGCCCCCCGGUCAUUCAUUGUCAGGACACAGAAAGAGGGAGAGAGAGCUCUGCCAUCAAUACCAAAAGUCGGAAACCACGAGAAGCGGUCAGAAGGGCUUCGGACACGGGUGUUCUCUGUCACAGAUGAAAUUAGUGGGGACGAGACAGACGACUAUGCGGAAAUCAUAGACGAGGAGGAUACGUAUACAAUGCCCUCAAAAAGCUGUGGAUUUGACCAAGCACGGGACUAUGAGAUCCAGAGGGAGAGGAUUGAGCUAGGUCGCUGUAUUGGAGAGGGGCAGUUCGGAGACGUCCACCAGGGGGUGUACUUGAGCCCGGACAAUCCCCCCCUCUCUGUAGCUGUGAAGACAUGUAAAAAUUGCACAUCUGACAGUGUUCGAGAAAAGUUCCUACAGGAAGCUUUGACCAUGAGACAGUUCGACCACCCUCACAUAGUGAAGCUGAUUGGCGUGAUCACAGAGAACCCAGUGUGGAUCAUCAUGGAACUCUGUACUCUGGGAGAGCUACGGUCUUUCUUACAAGUGAGGAAGUACAGCCUGGACUUGGCGUCGCUAAUUCUGUUUGCCUUCCAGCUGAGCACAGCACUGGCCUACCUAGAGAGCAAACGGUUUGUACACAGGGAUAUAGCAGCCAGGAACGUCCUGGUCUCCACCGCUGACAGCGUGAAGCUGGGAGACUUUGGGCUGUCUCGCUACAUGGAGGACAGCUCCUACUACAAAGCUUCCAAAGGAAAAUUGCCUAUCAAAUGGAUGGCUCCAGAAUCAAUCAAUUUCAGACGUUUUACCUCAGCCAGUGAUGUGUGGAUGUUUGGUGUGUGCAUGUGGGAGAUUCUAAUGUACGGCGUCAAGCCCUUCCAGGGGGUGAAGAAUAACGACGUCAUCGGCAGGAUCGAGAACGGAGAGCGGCUGCCCAUGCCCCACAACUGUCCCCCCACCCUCUACAGCCUCAUGACCAAAUGCUGGGCCUAUGACCCGAGCAGGAGACCCCGCUUCACCGAGCUCAAGGCCCAGCUCAGCACCAUAUUAGAAGAGGAGAAAGUCCAGCGAGAGGAACGGGCCCGAACGGAGAUGAGACGACAGGUCACUGUGUCCUGGGACCCCAGGGGAAGUGAUGAGGCCCCCCCUAAGCCCAGCAGACCUGGCUACCCCAGCCCCCGCUCCAGUGAAGGAUUCUACCCCAGCCCACAGCACUCGGGCCAGCACAAUCACUACCAGGUGUCGGGUUACCCUGGCCCCCAUGGCCUGGCUCCCGCACCCAGCGGAGCGUUCCCACCGCAGGCAUGUGUCCUGGACCCCCAUGAUGCCUGGAGCCACCAUCGGCCACAGGACGUCCCUGCAUGGUCCCACGGAGCAGAGGAGGGCGGCCCGCUGGAGCUGCGAGGGAUGGGCCAGGCACUGCCCACCCACCUGAUGGAGGAACGGCUGAUGCUGCAGCAGCAGCAGAUGGAGGAGGACCAGCGCUGGCUAGAGCAGGAAGAGCGUCUCAUGAAGCCGGAGUCCAGGAAUUCCAGGGGCAGCGGUGACCGGGAAGACGGCGUGCUCCAGGGGCCGACUGGAAACCAGCACAUAUACCAGCCCGUCACCAGACCAGAACAUGCAGCCCCCCCGAAGAAGCCCCCCCGGCCUGGGGCAGCCUGCUUGCCCCCUGUGGACAGCUACAAUGAGGGAGUAAAGCCCUGGAGGAUCCAACCCCAGGAGAUCAGUCCACCCCCUACCGCUAACCUGGAUCGCUCCAAUGACAGGGUAUAUGAGAACGUGACGGGUCUGGUGAAGGCCGUCAUUGAGAUGUCCAGUAGAAUCCAACCCGCUACCCCGGAGGAGUAUGUGCCAAUGGUGAAGGAUGUGGGGCUGGCGCUAAGGACACUGCUGGCCACUGUGGACGAGACGAUACCCACGCUGCCACCCAGCGCGCACAGAGAGGUGGAGAUGUCCCAAAAGCUGCUAAACUCUGACCUAGCGGAGCUCAUCAGCAAGAUGAAGCUGGCCCAGCAGUACGUCAUGACCAGCUUGCAGAUGGACUACAAGAAGCAGAUGCUGACCGCCGCGCACGCACUGGCUGUUGACGCCAAGAACCUGCUGGACGUAAUCGACCAGGCCCGGCUCAAAAUGAUGGGUCAGGCCCGGCCUCACUAGCCCAGGCAGUGAAGCGAGGUGGGCAGGGGGACCGAACUGUUACUCAGCAGGCCACGCCCAACGCACACGUCUGAACUGUCCACUCCUGCGUGAGGACUUCACCUCAGAAAGAUUCAGCUCCUCUGGCCUGUCACUCCCUAUUCUUGCCUCUUUGACCCCAUCUCGCCCUGAGCUGGGUUCGGCCUCAGCCACGAUCUUUGAGCAUCAGUAACGGACGCUCAUUUUUUAUUUUUUCCCGUGUUGCGCCAUACUGUGUGUUUGUGUGUGUGUGCCGAUUGGACUCUGUAUCCUGGUGGUCUAAUGCAGGUGAAAUUGAGUGACGUGCUGGGAGAUGUCCCACAGGUGGACAUCCCAAUAUCUCUGGACUACAGCAGCUGACAGCACCCAGUUACUACAGUGUGUUCUGGGAAAUCCAAAGGUUGAGAAUUCUUCCCCUUACUUAUAAAAAAAUCCUUUGUGUUUCAACGUAGCACACUCAGCAUCAGGCAGAGGAGAAUCCUAAAGACAGGACAAACUUAACUGCUCUGACAAGAAUAAAGAACUUGUAUUUUUAUACAGAACUGUUGUGCCAGUUUUAGUAGUUCAGCUAUAAAACUAAAGUGAAGGUUUUCUUGAAGCCCCAGCCCUGCUCUAGCACCGUUCAUUUCUCGCUGCUGCAGAUUUAAAUGGGACACUCUUCCCUGCCCUGCUCAUGUUCUAUGUGUAUAUGUACAGUAAGCCUCCCUCUGCUUUUGGGGAAAAAUAAUUCUCAGGAAGAAUAUGAACCUGUACAGUUCCUUGACCGAUUAAAAGGU